AUGGUGUACUGCACCGUUCAGUUUGGUGGAUUAACUACAGAGGACCCAAACAUGUACAUAGCCAACUUCCUGGAGCUGUGUGCAACUUUUAAGAUGAAUGGGGUGAGUGACGAUGCUAUCAGAUUGAGGUUGUUCCCAUUCUCGCUGAGGGAAAGAGCCAAGAGUUGGUUAAACUCUCUGCAGGCCAACUCUAUUAACACUUGGGAGGAUCUAGCACAGAAGUUUCUCACCAAAUUCUUUCCUCCAUCAAAGGCUGCAAGGUUGAGAGGAGAGGUCAAUAACUUCUUCCAAACUGAAGUGGAAUCAUUAUGGGAUGCUUGGGAGAGGUUCAAAGAAUUUUUGAAAAGGUGUCCCCAUCACGACAUUGAGAAGUGGAUGUUGGUUCACAAUCUCUAUAAUGGGUUGUGCACUACUACGCGCACCAUUAUUGAUGUCGUAGCAGGAGGGGCAUUCAUGGGUAAAAGUGCUAAUGAGGCUUAUGAUGAGGCUUAUGCAUUGUUGGAAGACGUGUCCAUGAAUAAUUGCCAAUGGGUUGAUGAACGAGCAACUAGUAACAGAAAAGUAGCUGGGAUUCAUGAACUUGAUGUUACCACAGCAUUAACUACUCAGGUUGCAACCUUAACCAAGCAGUUGCAAAAAAAAAAAAAAAAUCUCAGCUCAAGCGGGCAGAUGCAGACGGCGUGUGAAAUGUGUGGGAGUUCUCAUCCUCUUGAGCGUUGUAUGGAAGCAAAGGUGAAUAAUUCCAUCCCUAUGAAGCAAGUGAAUAUGUUGGGAAAUUUUAAUAGGCAAGCCACCAACCCUUUCCCCAACACUUACAACCCAGGGUGGAGGAAUCACCCAAACUUUUCAUGGAGAAAUAAUUAG